AUGGAGGACACGGUAGCUGCAAUUCGGCUGCGAGUGCGACACCAAGAUCCAUAUGAAGAGUGGGAGAGGAAGACGCGGAUAGAUGCAUUUCAUACUGCUCGCAGAGAAGAAGCAGAGACCCAGUCGCAGCACCAUAAGGAACAGGAGACAUCACGGCUACAUGACUCAAAACGGCAAGCCGAUUUGUUUGCGAAGGAGUUUGAGACCGUUCAGGCACAGCUCUCCGCACUCAAGAUCCGCAAGCAGCGAGAAGAGCAGGAGAUCAUGGCGAGGUGGAAAGUCCGCGAGCGGAAAAUAUGGGAGCGCAUUGAUGCUGCAAUCAAGCUGGAGGAGGACCGGUCGCGAGUCAAGUUGGAAGCGGAGCGCAAAGCCAAAGAGGAAGAUCUGAAGAAGAAGAAGGCUGAGGAAGAGAAACGCAAAGUUGAGGAACAGAGAAAAAAGGAGGAGGAGGAGAGGAAGAGGAAUGAAGCUGAGGAGGGAAAAAAGAGGAGGGAGAAGGAAGAAGAGGAUAAGAAGAAGCAGGAGGACAUGGAGAGAGUGCGGUCGGAGCUGUUAAUGAAUGAGGUUGAACAACGUCGGGCGUUGGGGCUGACGUUUGCAGAAGAUGAUUGGAAACAUGCUCGGGCAGCGUUGAAGCAACUGAAAGCGGGGCCCAUGAGGAUGGUGAAGGGAAAUAAGGAACUGAAGAAAUUGUGGAACGAGCAGAGACGCAAAAUCGUCCCGAAAGUCGGACAACUGACAAACGACGCCCAGUCCAUUUUUGAGAUCUCACAACAAAUCGUGACUUUCUUACAUCCUGAACUCCCGCGAGAGGUGUACUAUGCCCUCCUUUCGUCGCUCUCCAAGUCUAUUCUCCUGCAAGCUGAAACCGAAGUCACGGCGGAGAAACGAAGCGCGGGCCCCCUCGCACAGAUGACCAUCAACCUCAUGUGCUCCAUUGAAGGCUUCACGGAGAUUUUCUGGGCGAAGCUUUGCCAGCGCGUUGGCGGGUGGCCGGUCCCAAUUUCCAUUCCAUCGACAGACGUUGAUGGACCCUGGACAAAUGACACGAGGAAGAAGGCGAUGGGAUAUAGAGAGGAGGAGAGCGCAGCGGACUAUACCAUGCGCGUCACUGGAAUUCUCAGAGUCUACUUUGCGAUGAUGUUCGCCCAGGUCGAACAAGCUCUGGAUAGGCCAUUUGCAACACAGAGAUAUUGGACGUAUUUUUCCAGGAUGUUGGGGCAGCCCAGUUUGUUCGCGUCGCCCCUGUCUGCGGAGAUUCUGUCAGUUGCGCUUGACGUGGGUGGUGCCCAGGCCAAAGAUAUCUGGGGGAUGCAAUGGAUCAAGAUGCUAGCUAUGGUCUACGAAGGCGUGACGACAGGGAUGACGGGCACGGGUAUGAAAAUCGGUGGGGAUACGCCGGAUGGAAGAGCCGCUCAAGUUCGAGUGCAGUUGGAGGUUGAGAGGGCAUUGCGCGGCACCAGUUAG